AGUGCACUGGCGCCGGGAGAUUCGAGCCCUGACCGCGGUCUCGAGUUAAAUAACACCGCCGUGUGAACUGGAAGUAACCCCUAAUACCCCCACAACACGACCGGUUUGAUCUGUCCCUUUGCCGCGGAGCCAUGUUGUUACCUGCUGCGGUGUUUCAGAGCGGGAUCAGCGACUGUUAAACCUUCCAUACAGAUGGAGGCUAUGGAGGUAGACUCCCCUAUGGAGAUCCGAGGAGGAGGCAGCGGGCAGCCUGAGUCUGCUGCUGCAGGUCGGGCUGGGGACGCCGGCGCACCACUCGUCAUCUCAGAUUCCGGCAGCAGCACCGAGGUGGACGAGGACGAUGAUGACGGCGACAAUGAGGGAGGACAGGCGGCGGCUCGGACCCCUCCCAGGCUCCCCGCAACCUGGGCAUUUAGUCAGAGGGCGGUGGGCAGGACUGCAGCUACGCAAUCAGCAGCUCAAGGGGCGCCCAUACGGAGGAGACUCAGGCAGGGCCUCAGGGUGCACUACCCCAGCCAGACUGCAGCGCCUUCCAGAGGCUUCCCAGACUUCCUGCUCCGAGCGCCGGCUGCCAGCGUGGCGGAGCCGGAGUCCGGCAGCACCACGGAGGUCAGCGAGUCCGACGAGGAAGACGAGGCGGAGGACGAGGGGAACGAAGGAGGCACAUCUGCCGCUGUGCUGCCCGUCGACGCUGCCCCGCCCGCCAGUCCUCACCUCAAUGCCUCCACCCAUCACACACAACCACAGGAUGCCGGUUCAGCCAACUCUGGUGCAGCUGCAGACAACGAGAGGACAGAAGCUCAACAUCAGAGCGUCCAGUUGGUCCCGGCAGCCUCGGCCUCCACCCAGCCGUCUCAGGGUGAGGAGGGCGAAGGCGACACCUGCACCAUCUGCUUCGAGUCGUGGACGACGGCCGGCGAACACAGACUGUCCGCCCUGCGCUGCGGACACCUCUUCGGUUUCACCUGCAUCCAGCGCUGGCUGAAAGCUCAGGGCCCGGCCGCUAAAUGUCCACAGUGUAACAAGAAAGCGAAGCGCUCAGACAUCGUGCUGCUGUACGCGCCAAAGCUGAGAGCGCUGGACAACUCUGAGCAGGAGAGCUUAAAGAGGACUCUGGAGCAGGAGCAGUCUCUGAGGAGGAAGGCUGAACUGGAAUCAGCUCAGUACAAACUCAAGCUGCAGGUCGUCGCCAACAAAUGUGGACAAGUGGAACAAGAGCUGCAGGAGCUGAGGGCUCUGAUGGCUCAGGCUCGUAGAGGCUCGGCUCCCUCCUCCUCCUCCUCCUCUUUCUCGGGGUCCGCCUCCCUCCUCGGUUUGUCUCAGAGGGCCGACGGCUCCAGGACGGCUCAGUACAGCUUCGCCAAGGCGGUGUUGGUGUCUCAGGCCGGAGGCUGCAGGGUGUUAUCGUACUGCGAGCCUCUCAGCUGUCUGCUGGCCUCGCAGCCUUCCCCUCAGCCCACACUGGUCCCAGGUUGUGGGGUGAAGAAGGUGAGUGUGGUGAACAUGAAGGCGAGUCACUACGUCCCCAUCCACAGCAAACAGAUCCGAGGUCUGUCCUUCAACAGACAGAACGACAGUCUGCUGCUGUCCGCCGCUCUGGACAACACCAUCAAACUGACCAGUCUGCUGACCAACACAGUGGUUCAGACCUAUAAUGCAGGUAAACCCGUGUGGAGCUGCUGCUGGUGUUUGGACAACAGCAACUACGUCUACGCCGGCCUGAGCAACGGCUCGGUGCUCGUCUACGACACCAGAGACACCAGCACGCACGUCCAGGAGCUGCAGCCGCUUCGCUCCAGGUGUCCGGUGGCGUCUCUGUGUUACGUCCCAAGGGCGGCGUCCAGCUCGUUCCCCUGCGGAGGGCUGAUCGCAGGGUCCCUGGAGGGCGGGUGUUUCUGGGAGCAGGUCAGCGAGGACAACUACAGGCCGCACGUCCUGCCGCUGGAGACGGCCGGCUGCACCGACAUCCAGGUGGAGACGGAGAGCCGCCACUGUCUGGUCACGUACAGGCCGGGUCGCUCCAACCCGUCUCUGCGCUGCGUCCUGAUGUCUCUGACCCGGGCGCCACAGCAGGACUCCGCCCAGCUGCCCAGCUGCUCCUGCGCUCCGGUGCAGACGUUCAACGCCGGCUCGUCCUGCAAACUGCUCACCAAGAACGCCGUCUUCAGGAGUCCAGACGGAGCGGGGACGCUGGUCUGUGCCGGGGACGAGGCGUCCAACUCCACCAUGGUGUGGGACGCCGGCAGCGGCUCUCUGCUCCAGAAGCUCCCGGCCGACCUGCCGGUGUUGGACAUCAGUCCGUUCUCGGUGAACGGCGAGCACUUCCUGGCGUCGCUGACGGAGAAGAUGCUGAAGCUCUACAGGUGGGAGUGAGCCGCUGGUUUUGAUCCAGAGAAGAAGAAAACAGACACGGUCGGAGCACAACGAGAGGAUCCGACUGCGCUGGAAAUCAAAUGCUGCUAAACUUUUAUCUGUACGUUUACACACAACAAAACAAACCAGAGGGAUCAACCUGUGGAAACAUUUCAAAUCCUUCAUUAUAGCUUUUAGUUUCUUCUUCUUCUUUUUUUUUUUUUUAAACCAAACAUCCACAUUGCCGCAACUGGUGACCUUUGACCUGCACAGAAAGCAAACAAAGCGUCCGUCAGGUGUAGGAUAAGAUGGUUUACACGAGUCUGAGGUCAAAUUUUUACUAGGUUCUGAUUCGCUCAGUCGGCUCACGUCCUGCUGAAGUGACGAAGGUGGAGAAGGUGAUUUCCUGUCGGGCGAGAGCAGGUGUUUUCAGUCAAGAUUAAAGUGAAAACUUACUGGAGGAAAACUGUCAGUCCUGCAGUGAAAGGACCGACAUGCCCGUGUGCAUGUUUGCACGUCGUGGCUCUUUAACUUCACAUCAUGUCGACUUCACUUUGUUGCUGGUUGUUUUCAGGCUGUGCAGUUUGGCAAUGAAUCAACAGACUCAUGGAACUUGUUUGACCUUGUGUAAUCCAUCAAGUCGAGGCUGCAACCAGCUGCUCCUUUCAUUAUACGUUAAUCAGCUGAUUUACGUCUCUAACUCAUGAUCAGAAACAACAAAACAUGAGCAGAUUGUCACAUUUCAGGAGCUGGAAGCAGCAAAUAUUUGUCAAAAUGUUUCGUCUUUAAUCAAGUCCACACAGAUCUUUCUAACUGCUGCAUCAGAAACAGUGUCUCCAUUACAUAGUUCGUCCACCAGAGAGCUCUGACGUUCAGCGUUACACUGUCAAAUGUUCCACUCGCCACAUAACGACAACCGGAUGAUCAGGUUUAAGAGAUCUGUAUCAGAAAAUCCAGUUAUUGGUUGUUGCUCUGUUUUCACAGCUGUAAUGAAACUGCGACGUUUCACUGAGAUGGAAAACACAAAUCAAGCAAGUGGCAAGAGUCUGGUAUUAAAUGUUUAUAUCAUACAGAAAGAAAAAACAUCAGGAUUUCUACAGAGCAGCUGUUCAGUCCUGAUGUGAGAACAAGUUCGUUAAAAGGUUAAAAUCAGGCGAAACCAUUCAGGUAAACCUUCAGGUAAAGUGAAGGAGCAAAGAGACCAUCACCACCGAUCAUUUUACUCAUCAUAUCAGCUUUUGAAUUGAUUUCUCUGCCAAUGGUGUGAGUUCAUUUGCAUGAAAACUACAUGCAGAUGAAAAAGCAGGAAGUUAAUGAGAAACAUGGACAUGCUCUGAGGUUUGAAAAUAAAAACUGAUGCUAUGAUUUGGAAAAAGAAAUACUGUCUGUGUGACUGAAAACACCAGAAGCUCGCACCAAUUGCUCGUGUUAAAAAAACAGUCAUGUGACGCUCAGGUUUUCCUGUUGUGAUCUGAACCGAUCCGUCGCCUCCAGAUCCUCAAGAACUGGUUUUAAAAAUCAGUUGAAGCGACUUUGCGAGGUCGGAUUUCAACAGGAUCCCAGCUGAGUCACAGUCGAGCAGGACUUCACCCCCCCCCUCCUCCUGAGCGUGUUGGAUUUUGUUUAGAUUUUAAAGGUCACGUCUCUCAAACAGAAGGAGGCUCCACACUCGUUUCUUGUCUGAUUUCAGUCUUGUUUUAUUUCCACUCCCUCUGAAGCGGAACAUUAAGUGCCAAAGGACUCUGCUGUUGUUGAACUUUUUACUUUUCCUGUUGUAACUUGUGUAUAUAUGUAUAUUUGCUACCAACUGUUUGAGUACGACGUCAAAGUUAAUAAAAAUUAUUAGUUAUUUUUAAUCAAA